CCCUCCAAGUUAUUCCUAUUCUUCCCUUGCCAGGUCGAACCGAAUACGAUGCAAAACAGCUGAAUAAAGCCUCUCCUCUCCAUACUCCCUCGCGGAAUCGGACCACUUUAAUCCCCAACCACGCCCUCUCCCGGAACCUCCUCUGUACUUUAACCCACUUGUCAAGAGAGGAAAAAAAAGAAAAGAAAAAAUAGAGUAUCCUUUUCCCUUGCAUCAAAACUGCGAGUGAGCAUAACAAAGGCAUGAACAGAAGGCAGGAAAUGAUGGAAAACUUCGGUAUUUCGUAGAGAGAUUGAGAGGAGUGAUCAAAACCGUCCAUCUCCCUUUCUCUAGAAACUCUAGUCUUUCUUCGUGUGGUGGUGUUCUCAAUGUUCUCAUUCUCCUCCAAGAGCCCCUUAAAGAACAGCCCCCACUUCACUCCUCUCCCCCACCCCCCCAACCCCUCUUCCCUCUAGCAUCCAUCUUUAGGAGGAGGAUGAGAUGAAGGAGGAUAGACCAAACCUGGAUCUUCUCCUCCUCCUCCUCCCGGUCUUGUUUCUCUCCUGUAAUCUCCCUCUAUCCUCCGCCUUCUCCAGCCAUGGCCUCACCGACGCGGAGGCCGGCUACAUCCGGCGCCGGCAGCUCCUCACGUACAGGGACGAGCUCGGCGAGCGCGGGGAGAACGUGACGGUGGACCCCAGCUUCGUCUUCCCCAACCCCCGCCUCCGCGACGCCUACAUUGCCCUCCAGGCCUGGAAGCUCGCCAUCUUCUCCGACCCCCUCGACCUUACCGCCAACUGGGUCGGCCCCGAUGUCUGCAACUACACCGACGUCUACUGCGCCCCCCUCCCCUCCGACCCUAACCUCACCGUCGUCGCAGGCAUCGACCUCAACCACGGCGACAUCGCCGGAUACCUCCCCGACGAGCUCGGCCUCCUCUCCGACCUCUCCCUCCUCCACAUCAACUCCAACCGCUUCUGCGGCAUCGUCCCCGGGACCUUCCGCCGCCUCCGCCUCCUCUUCGAGCUCGACCUCAGCAACAACCGCUUCGCCGGGAAAUUCCCCGACGUCGUCCUCGAUCUCCCUUCUCUCAGAUACCUCGACCUCCGCUAUAACGAGUUCGAGGGUGGCGUCCCCAAGGCUCUCUUCGACAAGGAUCUCGACGCCAUUUUCAUCAACAACAACCGCUUCGUCUUCGACAUCCCGGAGAACCUCGGCAACUCGCCGGUCUCCGUCGUGGUCUUUGCCAAUAACCGGUUCCGUGGCUGCCUCCCGCGGAGCAUCGGUAACAUGUCGGGGACGUUGAACGAGAUCAUUUUCCUGAACAAUGGGCUCAAAUCUUGCCUGCCGCCGGAGAUCGGCCUGCUCAAAAGCCUCACUGUUUUUGACGUGAGCUUCAACCAGCUCGUCGGGCCGCUGCCGAGCUCCAUUGCUGGGAUGCUUAGUUUGGAGCAGCUGGAUGUGGCUCAUAAUCUUCUCUCCGGCCAGAUCCCGCCGGAGAUCUGCCGGCUUCCCCGGCUCCAGAACUUCACCUACUCGUAUAACUUCUUCACCGGAGAGCCGCCGGAGUGUCUCAGGGUGCCGUCGUUCGACGACCGCCGGAACUGCCUGCCCGGCCGUCCGGCCCAGCGAUCGGACCGCCAGUGUAAGUCCUUCUUGUCCCACCCCAUAGACUGCGCUGCCUUUCGCUGUGCCCCCUUCAUCCCCUUCCUCCCUCCACCGCCGCCGCCGUCCCCUUUUCCUCCGCCUCCGCCGGUGCUCUCACCGCCACCUCCGGUCCUCCUUCGUGCUCCUCCCCCGGUUCUUUCGCCGCCGCCGCCGGCGCCAUCUGCUACACCACCAUCCCCACCACCGCCGUCUCCUCCACCACCAUCGCCACCUCCGCCCUCUCCGCCACCUCCAUCCCCACCGCCGCCAUCUCCUCCACCCCCAUCCCCAUCUCCGCCGCCUCCAUCCCCACCGCCGCCGUCUCCUCCACCCCCAUCCCCAUCUCCGCCGCCGCCGAUGCCACCACCUCCAUCGCCGCCGCCUCCUGCUCAACCGGCGCCCAUCUACAGCGUCCGUCCCCCACCGCCGCCUCCACCAAAAUCCCCUCCCCGUCCGGUGUACUCUCCACCUCCGCCGACGCCUGCCCCGCGCUUCUCGCUUCCUCCACCACAUUACUCGCCGCCUCCGCCACCUAACUCACCAUCGCCACCACCAAACUCCCCACCGCCGCCGCCUCCAUGCAACGAGCUGCCUCCGCCGCCACCAUCGCCACCACCAUGCAUAGAACCACCACCACUGCCAUCACCGCCACCACCUUCUCCCACACCCUCGCCAGUAUAUUACCAUCCUUCGCCGCCGAUGACGCCUUCGCCAUCACCACUACCCCCAAUUCAUUAUGAAGCGCCCCCUCCACCUUCCCCCUCUCCUCCGCCACCUCCAAAGCCUUACGAGUUCCUGCCGCCACCACCCUCCCUGUAUGAGGGCCCAUUGCCGCCAGUUGUUGGAAUCUCAUAUGCAUCGCCCCCGCCUCCUCCUUUCUACUAUUGAUUCUUUUGAAAAUUUUAUUUCUCGCCCUCCUCCUGCCACUGGUUUUUUCUCAUCUUCUUUUCCAUUGCCGAUCGCCAACGGAGAAAGAAGACAAGAAGGCAGAGUUCUUUAUCUGGCUUUGUACUCAAAGCAGCUUCUGUCGAGGUGAUGAAGAGAUGGUGAAGACAUGGAGAGAGAAAUGGCAACGAUGGGGAAAAAUUCUCUCUCCAUACGUAUUUGGAUUGCGGAUAUUUGAGUUGUGAAUAAAUGGCUUUGAGAGACGGAAUCAGAGAGUGAGAGAGGUGCAGGGAAAUGAAUGUAUAGUGCAUGAGAUUGAUGUAGAUCUAUUGCGGUAUCAUCGCCUCCUAUUAUACUUUGUUCUUUUUAUUUUGAUUUCAUGAUACGAUUAUUCAUGGCUUCUUAGAACCUGGUAUGUUAAUUAAUUGCUCUCCAUCCGAUCGCUUGUAAGUAUUCGGUUUGGCUUUCUUUUAUGUUA